UCCGCCCUGUUCCCCUGACCGAGAAGCCGUUAGACUUGAGUCCAGGUUCCAGCUGCAGUCAAACGGCAGCGUGGUUUACGGGCAGCCGUUAAGGGAGACGGAAGAACGAGUCAAGUUAAGACUUUAGUGGGAUUUUUUUCUACUUUGUCUUUUAUUCAUUUAUUAAUUUUUUUUGUAGAAGUUUGUGUUUCGCGCGUCCCGGCGGAAGAGUAAAGGUACGACAGUGUGCGUCAGUGAGCCAUCCGCAGACGGCCGUGUCCCGCCGGCAUGAAGCUGCCCCAGAGCUGCAUCCUCCUCCUGGAGCUGUUGGUGUUGUCGACAUUCGUCAAGAUGUCGUCAUCUUCUGGACAGUUUGAGAUUCAGAUAGUGUCAAUGCAGAACGUUAACGGGCGGCUGCAGAGCGGCGCCUGCUGCGACAGAUCCAGAGAAUCCAGUGACCAGCGGUGCAGCGACGUGGACCAGUGCGACACCUUCUUCAGAGUGUGUUUGAAGGAGUACCAGCAGGAGGUGCACCAGUUUGGUUUCUGCACUUUCGGCUCCGCUUCCACACCUGUGUUGGGUGGGAACAGUUUUUCUCUGCAGAACGUCAGCAACGACGGAGGCAAAGUCCUGCUGCCAAUCAGCUUCUCAUGGCCGCGGUCGUACACACUGAUCAUGGAAGCCUUAGACUUCAACAACGGAUCCUCUUCAAAUGGUGCGCUGAUAGAGAGAGCCGUUCACUCAGGGAUGAUCAACCCCGGUCUCCAGUGGCUGGACGUCCAGCACCACGGUCCUGUGGCUCAGUUCCACUUUCAGGUCCGUCUCAGCUGUAAUGAGCACUACUAUGGCUUUGGAUGUAAUAAGUUUUGUCGGCCGCGGGACGACUACUUUGGACACUAUGAGUGUGACCAUCACGGCAACAGGACGUGUCUGGAAGGUUGGACCGGUCCAGACUGCAACACGGUGAUUUGCAGACCAGGCUGCAGCAGCAAACAUGGAUCCUGCAAAGUUCCCGGGGAGUGCAGGUGUAUGUAUGGAUGGCAGGGUCAGUUCUGUGAUCAGUGUAUUCUUUAUCCUGGCUGUGUUCACGGCAGCUGUGAACAGCCAUGGCAGUGUAACUGUGACUCCAACUAUGGAGGACUACUGUGUGACAAAGACCUGAACACAUGUGCGACGCUGCAGCCGUGUUUAAACGGAGGAACCUGCAGCAACACGGGACCAGACGAGUAUCAGUGCUCCUGUCCAGACGGCAUCUCUGGAGUGGACUGCCAGGGAGCGGACCACCAGUGUCAGUCUAGUCCCUGUCUGAACGGAGGCUCCUGUGUAGAAACCAGGGAAGGUUUCCAGUGUCUCUGUGGACCUGGAUGGACCGGAGACUCCUGCUCCAUCAAUGUGAACGAGUGUCUGCUAAAUCCCUGCAGUCAUGGUGGAACCUGUCAAAACCUGGUCAUGGGCUUCAGGUGUCUCUGUCCCCCUGAGUGGACAGGGAAGACAUGUCUCAUCGAUGCCAACGAGUGUGAACUCCGCCCCUGUGUCAACGCCAAAUCAUGUCGAAAUCUAAUUGGUGGAUAUUUCUGUGAGUGCCUUCCAGGAUGGACGGGUCAGAACUGUGACCAGAAUAUCAAUGACUGUCACGGUCAAUGUCAGAAUGGAGCAACAUGUCAGGACCUGAUAACCAGUUACAGGUGUGUGUGUCCAUCGGGGUUCAGUGGGAGACACUGUGAGACCAACGUGGACGAGUGUGUCAGCGCCCCCUGUCUCAACGGUGGCCGCUGCCAGGACCGAGCUAACGGCUACAGCUGCCUGUGUCCCCGCGGUUUCUCUGGGAGUCACUGUCAGUCGGACAAAGAUUUUUGCGUCGACGAUCCUUGUCAGAACGGGGGCCACUGUUUUAACCUGGUGAAUGACUACGUAUGCCAGUGUCCAGAAGACUACGAUGGAAAAAACUGUUCGAGGCUGAAGGACCACUGUCGUACCACACCCUGCAAAGUGAUCGACAGCUGCACUGUGGCUGUGGCGUCUAACAACACGUCCAGUGGCUUACGCAUGAUUUCAUCCAGCGUGUGCGGCCCACACGGGACGUGUCGCAGCCGUGCAGGGGGGCGGUUCCGCUGCGGGGGCGAGGGAGGGUUCCACGGGACCCCGUACUGUCAAGAAAAUAUUAACGACUGUCAGAGCGCCCCCUGUCUGAAUGGAGGCACCUGCAUGGAUAAAGUGGGCCAGUUUGAUUGUCUCUGUGCAGAUGGCUGGGAUGGCGCCACCUGUCAGAACAACGUUGAUGACUGCAGCAGCGCCCCCUGUCAGAACGCUGGCAUCUGUCGUGAUCUUGUCAAUGAUUUCUACUGUGACUGUCGCGGCGGCUGGGAGGGGAAGAGCUGCACCUCACGAGACAGUCAUUGUGAUGCAGCAACGUGUCAAAAUGGAGGAACGUGUUACGACGAAGGAGACUACUUUAAGUGUGCGUGCACCAGUGGAUGGAAGGGCGCCACCUGUAACAUCGCUGUGAACGGCAGCUGUGAAUCCAGUCCCUGUCAAAACGGGGGCACCUGUGUGUUAGACGGAAAUACCUACGGCUGCAUCUGCAAGGACGGAUGGGAGGGCGCCACCUGCAGCAUCAAUAUCAACAACUGCAGAGCUCAGCCCUGUUAUAAUGGUGGAGUCUGUGUCGAUGGAGAAAACUGGUACCGAUGUGAAUGUGCCACAGGAUUUGCUGGUGCCGACUGCAGAAUCAACAUUAACGAGUGCCAGUCGUCACCGUGUGCCACCGGCUCAACCUGUGUGGACGAGAUUAACGGUUACCGCUGCUUCUGUCCUCCAGGGAAAUCUGGACCUCGCUGCCAGGAAGCUGCAGGGAGGCGCUGUUCUGUCCGAGGACGGAUCUUUACUGACGGAAGUAGGUGGGACAAAGGCUGUAAUAGCUGCCGGUGUCACAACGGGAGAGUUUCUUGCACAAAGUUUUGGUGUGGUCCAAAAACCUGCAGUCUCCACAGUAAGACCGUGGCCUCGGAGUGUCCUGACGGUCAGAUCUGCGUCCCCAUCAGAAGUGAACAAUGUUUUACUGAACCCUGCACUGGUCAGGGGGAGUGCUUCAGCCACGCCCACCAAACUCCACCCACCAUCCGUUGUAAACCAGAGACCAGUUGUGCCAACGUCACCUUCACCUUCAACAAGGACAUCAUGGCAAAGGGUGUGACUGUGGACCAGAUCUGCACCGAGCUCAGGAACUUCCAUGUGGUCCAGAAUCUGUCGUCAGACUCCGACCUCUCCCUGACCUGUGAGCCUUCACUCAGCUCUGCCAACCAGAUCGACGUUCUCAUCAGGUCGUCAGAAAUACGGAGUGGACAUCAAAGCUUUGAGAAUGAGAUUGCAGAUGGAAUCAUGGAUGUCGUCAGCAGGGGGAGCAGUAACAGUAGGAUCAUCAGUGCCAUCGUUGAGGUCCGAGUCCAGAGACGUCAGAACGCCAACCAGGACAAAGACACUCUGCUGUCCCUGCUGGUCUCCGUGGUGAUGGUGCUCUGGGCUUUGAUGGUAACUUCCAUGAUGCUGUUGUGCUUGAGGAGGCGGAACAAACAGAGUGCACCUGCAGGUGUCAGCCUACAGGUGUCAGCAGUGGUGACGCAUGAGAUGGAGGACAACAACGCCCUUCAUCGCAGCAUGAGUGCCGCCCGCGAGCAGCUCAACCACAUCAAGAACCCCAUUGAGAAAAAUCUGACACCAAACCAUGAAUGUUGUCGCCAACAUCAUCACCGUCUCUACCAGGACAAAAACCGCCACAUCAACGCUAAGAUUAGGAGACCUGGCCCUGGGAACCAAUCAGAACCAAUUAAAGACGAGUUAGACAAGAGUCAGCGGACGGUGGGGUUCUCCAGGGCACAGUGUUCACCAGAGGAGCAAGAGGAGCAACUGCCAAAACAGUGGACAAAUAAACAAGACAACAGGAAGAUGACACCGUGUAGGGCAGAAUUUCUAGUUUAACUGAUGUUCUGGAACCUUUUUGUUUUGGGGUUUUUGUAUAUUUUAUUUUUAUUUUGUGUAUUUUGGCAAACACUGGUGCUAACUCAAUAUGGCCGCUACAGUAGCUGCAAAUGUUUGGACACAUAAAUUCCAAAAUCACCUGGAAUCAUUUGUUUCUAAAAAUGGUUUUGGACAAUUUUCCAAACAUUAUUUUAAUACUGUUUAUUGCUCUAUUUACAAAGAGCAAACUACACGGAGUCACUGUUGUCUUGUUGAUUUGAUUCAACGUUGGACAUUUCCACCAUAGGUGUGUGUGGAGCCUCCGUUAGCAUUGACUAUGCUGUUAGCACUCCCUUUAGCUACACUGAGCCUGAGAGGCUUGUUCUCAGUGAAAACAUGACUCCCAAAACAGACACCAAAGAUAUUUGCUGUUUGGACUUUUGUAUGAAAAGAGAGCAGUUUUUAAACAGCCACAGGGGGGCGCUCAACCCUGAGUCCUAGGUCAGUACUUCCUGAAAACACACACUAGGACGCAUUCCUGAACUGUCACUUUACAUCAGUUUGUUUUAACUGUAAAUUGGAAAUUAUGUAUGUAUGUAAAUAGUUUUGAAAAAUGUAUUUUUAUUUUGUAUUUAAUGAAUUCAGAUGUGAGAUUUUUUAGAUGUAUGAUUCCCUGUUGGAAGCACAUUUUUUUAAAACAGUUUUUAUUAAAACAAAAACAUUCUGAAGGGCAUUUUUGUGCCUAAUUUUUAAGUCUUAAAUGUUGUUUUUCCAGUGUUAAAAAUGUUUUUUUUUU